AUGGCCAGGCUGAUCGUGCAUCAGCCUGCUGCUCAGUCCCAUCAUGAGCUCAGCCGGUGCUGCCAGGCCGGACCACACACCAGGUACGGAGCCCAGUGUCUGGACUCGGUGUGGAGGUGCUCGGCACUGCAGAGAUGGGUGUCCAGUCGUCGGCUGGGAGCAGCCUGGCUGGGCUCCAAGCGCAGCAAGAUCUGUGAAAGCAAGAAACCCGUUGACACCCACACCUUGAGAAAGAAGGUCAGCAGCAUGACGUGUGAGCCGGCUGUCCGUGCUGUCCUCGGCAGUCUUCUGCUCUAUGUCACCGAGCUCCAGGCCAGGCCACCAGAGCCUCCUCCUGCCAUGAGGGCAGAGGGCACAAGGAGCAGGGUGGGCCGCCCCUCUGAGACCCAGAACACCCAGCGGCGGCCUACAUGCUUCCAGCUCCUGCAGGCCAGGUUCAUGGGCACUGGCCGCGAGCCCCGUCUCAAGAAGACCCAGGAGGUGGGGAGGCUGAUUUUCAAGGACAAGCAGGGGCCCAGCAGGAGCCUGGUGACCACCACCAUCAACAAGCUCCUGGAGAAGGCACGGGAGGGUGCCAGCUGCCCCACGCGGGACUGGGAGACGCUCCGCAGCCAGAAGCCGCGGCAAGGCUCCCCCACCAGGAAGGGCACCGUGAAAAACAUCCUGAAGAUAUUCUUGGCCGCAGAGCAGAGGAAUGUACAUGAGGAGCCCAAUGCUGCCAAGGGGCCCCCACCAACACCGGCCCCCAAGAGGGGCUCUGUGCUGUCCAGGCUGCGGGAGAAGUUUGAGCAGAGCGGCUGUCUCUGUUCCGAGGCCGGCGUGCUGCCGCUCCGCAAGGAUGGGAGGAAGAAGAAGAACCUGCAGAAGAGGAGGCUGCACCGGCCCGAAACCCGCGUGCUCUGCACGGCCACCAUGACCAGCACCUGCAUCCGCACGCCGCUAGCCCGCUUCCUGGCCUGCACUGCUGAGCCCAGGCUGGCCUUGAACAUCGCCACUGUCGUCUGUCGCCCCAGAAGCUGGCUGUCCCACUGUGCCAAAAUCCGCCACUCUGAUCGGGGGCGUGUGCCCGAGGGGAGUAAGACAGCAGGACAGGGGCAGCCAGCUGGGGGUGCUCCCGCAGACAGACUGCACAUGGCACGCCUGGGUGGGGAGCCAGUCCCCUGUCCUGUCUCCCCCAGGGGCCGUGAGCCCAUGGUACCCCUCCUCCAACCAGCCUGCUCAGGGCAAGCCGGAGCAGUGGGAGGGGGCAGGAUGGGGGAACCCCCGGCAGGGGACGCCACACAGUACACCUGGGAGCCUGGGGAAGCCGGGGCAGGAGCUGGCAGGGCCCCUGAGGUUGCCUUGAUGGUUUGCAGUUCUGAGGAUGAAACAGAAGGAGUGACUCUAGGCUCUGAGGGAGACCCUCUGUUCGCGGUCCAGGAGACUUUCCCAGAACAGAAGACCGUGGGACAUAUCCCACCACUGCCGGCGCCCGCGGUCCAGGCCCUGUGGCGGACACAGUCAGCCAUGGAACCUCCCCAGGUAACCGUCACGCGGCCUGUUGUGUACAAAAUGCCACCUUCUCCUGCCACGCCCAAGACCGCGGAGCCUCCCCAGGUAACCGCCACGCAGCCGGACACGUGCAAAGUGCAACCACCUUCUGCCACGCUGCCCAAGACCACGAAGCCUCCCCACGUAACCGCCACGCAGCCGGACACGUGCAAAGUGCAACCACCUCCUGCCACGCUGCCAAAGACCACGAAGCCUCCCCACGUAACCGCCACGCAGCCGGACACGUGCAAAGUGCAACCACCUCCUGCCACGCUGCCAAAGACCACGAAGCCUCCCCAGGUAACCGCCACGCAGCCGGACACGUGCAAAGUGCAACCACCUCCUGCCAUGCUGCCCAAGACCACGAAGCCUCCCCAGGUAACCGCCAUGCAGCCGGACACGUGCAAAGUGCAACCACCUCCUGCCACGCUGCCAAAGACCACGAAGCCUCCCCAGGUAACCGCCAUGCAGCCGGACACGUGCAAAGUGCAACCACCUCCUGCCACGCUGCCCAAGACCAUGGAGCCUCCCCAGGUAACCGCCACGCAGCCGGACACGUGCAAAGUGCAACCACCUCCUGCCACGCUGCCAAAGACCACGGAGCCUCCCCAGGUAACCGCCACGCAGCCGGACACGUGCAAAGUGCAACCACCUCCUGCCACGCUGCCCAAGACCACGAAGCCUCCCCAGGUAACCAUUCCAUCUGCAAGGGGCACCACCAGUGUGGGGCAGGACCUCCUCGCGGCAGCUCCACAGAAAUAUCCCACCCAGGGAAAGGAGACCACUCAUAGCUUUGGGGCUCCCAAGGAGCUCCAGCAUCCUGAGGGUAUGGCAGGAGAGGCCAUGUCUGAGCUAGCCUGUGAGAAGCAUCAGCUGCCAACGUCACAUGACAAGCCGAUCCAUGGAGGGGAUGCCCCAUGGCAUCAUCCCACAGCCUCGGAGAAUCAACGAAGUGGGGACAGCCCCUUGGCUCCGGGCCAUGAGCAAGGGCUGCCUCCCGACAGGGGACGCCCAGCGGGCAUCUCGGCACUGCUAGAGGCCCCCCUCAGUGACAGGACCAGGUCUGACAGUCCAACCUCCAUGGACAAGAAGGUCCUGUGUGGGCGAGAGCUCAGGGGACCACCUCUAAGGGCCUCUGCCCGGCCCGGCCCACAGGCAGCAGGGAGCACCGGCCCCAGCCUUGGUGGCUACAGACCCGCCUCCUUUGGCAAAUGUCUGAAACCAAGCACUGAAAUCCCCAGGCUGGUGGUGGCCACUGGGGCCGUGGAGAGUCAUGGCACACCAGUGCUGGGUAACACCGUGAAUGCAGUAAACAGCGAGGCCAGAGAGCAGAACCCUGUGCACGAAGGAGAGAGCCUGGCAGCAGGAGCUCUGGCCCAGGCCACCAGCCAGCCACACAGCUCGGCCCCAGCCGGGUCCUGGAGGCACCUGCUUGGAGCAGCUGAGAGUGGUGCCCGUGGAGGCUCAGGGCAUCACCAGGCUGAGACCCCCGAGUCCCCGGCUGCUGUUCCACUGGAGGCGGCGGGCACCCCGCAUAAGAAUGUCGUGGCCGAGGGUGAAGCUAGCACAGUGGCAGGAGGCAGAGGGGCCGCAGCUGCUCACAGGAGCCCCUGGGGGGCUGACAUGACCCCAGGCCCAGGCUGGGCUCACCCCACGGCCAAGAGCAGGGGUGCAGUGGGGUCCCCACCUUUGCCUCCCGAGAACCAACAGGCCCAGGAGGACAAGCGCGUCCUGCCCAAAAUCCAGGGUCUUCCCCGAGCUGGGGCUCCCUGCAGGCCUCCAUCACCCCAGGCAGCAGCUGAAGGGCAGUGGGCAGGCAGGGCCCCUCCAAAGUGCCCCAGUGUCCAGGCACAGCCACUGCCCGCGUCCAUCCCGAGGGCUGGUGUCUGGGAGGGAGCCAAGGUCAGGGACAGGCGUCGGCCGUGGUCAGGCCUAGGGAUGCUGGAGGAUAGGGCCAUGGGGCCCACGAGGCUAGACGGUGCUCCCAAGGAGGGGGCAGCUCUGUGCGGCCGGAAGGCUGGGUCACAUGCUGCAGAAGAGGGUCAGAUGUGGCCCUGGAGGGUCGAGGGGGGCAGUGGCACUAAGGUGGGGGCCAGGGGGGUGGAGACUGGUCCCCAUCACACUGAGAAGGGCCCAGAACAUGCACGGGAGCAGCAGGCACAGCGUGCAGAGCACCUUCCGGGGGGACCUGGUGCCCAGGUUGGAAAGAACCAAGCACCUCCCCCUCCAGAGAGUCUGGGGCACCUGGCACUGGCACAGGCCAGCAGGAUGUCACCCCACAUCUGGGCGGGCCCACCCCACAACUCAUCAGAGGCUGUGGCUGUGGCAGAUGUGAGUGGGAGGUCCCAGGGAGCCCCCAGCGCUAGCCAAGGGGGGCCUGGAGCCCCACACGAGGUGGGCAGGAACCAGCGGUCCUCCAGCCCCAAGCCAGUGCUUGGCUUCAUGGUGCCCGCACCCAGGCCUGGGGGCUGCCAGAUGACCCGUGCCCCAACCGAGGAGGGGUCCCCACACACCAUGGAGGCAGAGAAAGGUGCACUGGCACAUGAACACCGCACAAGGUUGGCGCGCUUUGCAAAGUACAGAGCCCAAAGCUUCGGCGACCAGAGGUCCUUCGAUUUGUCCUUCAGGCCAACGACAAUCAGGGCCAGUGACACCUUUGAACUUCCAAAGUGAGGCCUCGGCUUCCGCACCCCAGACACGCCUGGCACCAUGGUUGCUGCUCCUUGCCCAGACUAUCGAUUGUUUUCCUGCCUCCAAACCACACGGCCGUGCAGGUGUGCGUCCGGAGUGCCAGGCGGCUGGUUCCUAUGUGGGCCCAGGGGCGGAGGGAGUGGGGUCCGAGGUGCAGACUUUGAGCUCUGCGCCACCCCCUCGGUGCUCUACGCCUUCUUCUCCAGGGUGGAACACUGAGGACGAGGGAUGCCCGGGACAUCCAGGUGCGUUUCCUCACUGUCCCGUUUUUUAUGGUGCUCGGGGGUGUCCAGGCACACGUUUCUAUCGCUGCACAGAGCCAUGCUGUUUUCAGCACUUCAGUGUUUGCUGCUGAGCUUGUAUGCAUCUCUCCUGUCCUGUCUUGGUGGCUCUGGCCACCUUGCCCUCUGCAGUGUCGUUGGCAGGCGCCAACCCACAGGCCGGCACAAGGCGGCAGCCCCUCAGCUCUGCACCGGCAGGGAGCUGCCCAUGAAGCACCUGCGGGACAAGAGCAGAACAAACCACAGGGAACUUCCAGUGCACAGGGCUGGAGGGGGGGCCGGUGCACAGGGAAGGGACGGUGCACGGGGAUGGAGGGGGACCUUCAGCACACUUUCCAAAGGCACCGUCCCCAGGAAGAGGUCCUGUGGGCACCAUGUGCUGAGAACAGGGACAGUCAUGGUGCCGUGUCCCACCUCUCCGCACAGGGCCCGGCAGGUGGGGGGUGGGAGGUGGUAUCUGGUGCC